ACCAUUCUCUCUUCCCUCCAUUCACGCUACGCCUCAAUCCAUCAAAUCAAAUCUCCAUCAUCAUCAUCUUCGUCAUCAUCUUCUUCUUCUUCUUCCCAAUUCCCCAAAAUUCAAUUCCCCCAUUCUCCGAUUCGAAACCCAACUGCGACCAACGUCCACGCCGAGAUUCCGUGGUCGUUUCAACGAUUUCUCCCCUCUCCUUUCCCGGAGUCUCAGUGGGACCCACCUCCCCCACAUUUGGGAUCACGUUUCCUUUUUUACCCCUCCAACUCACUCACCUAAGGGAAUGAAUCGUGGGUUUUGUUUCUCAACAAUCGGCGUCAAAUGUAGCUGUGGAAACAAAUCGCGGGGUUUCGAAUUGUACUUGAUUUAAACUUUGAAAUUAUAAUUUGAAUUUGUAGAUUUACUUGUUGAUGGUGAGAAGGAGAUGAAAUUGAAAGGUGAUACAUUGAAGGGAGAGAGAUGAGUGGAGUGUCAUUGGGUCUACGAACAGGUAGCUAUGGUAAUCUGCAGUUGAUUCAAAACGGCAACGUUUCGCAGGUACCUGUGCUUGUUCGUAGACCUUCAAAGGCGCUCCUUUAUAACCCCAAAGAUAAAGAGAGGGGUUGCCCUUAUGUUUGUCGACAUCUCGGUCGUGGCAAGGUUGCAAUGCUUCUCAUGCUUCUCUUUGGCCUUUUCAUUUUUGUAUUUGGUUGCUUUACACUUUACAAAGGUGGGAACAUCACCAGUGAUAUUGAAGAUAGAUCUUACGCCAUUAGUAACUAUGAAGUUAUAGGACUUGAUGGUUCAAUAGAAAAUAAUUUGAAGGAUAGUAGUUCUUCUAGAACGACAUCGUUGAUAAGUAGGCAUAAAAGGACAUUCAGGGAUCCUCCUGUUUCUCAUUUACAAUCUUCAUAUAAUUUGAAAGAAAGAAAAGUGCCUGUCUCUGCUGCGGGUCAUCAUUGUGACAAUUUUGCAUUUCCUCCUCCUCCACCUGUCGAUAGAAGACGAACUGGACCACGUCCAUGUCCUGUGUGUUAUGUUCCUGUGAAGCAAGCUAUUGCUAGUAUGCCAAGUUCACCAUCAGAGUCUCCUAUACUUCGCACACUCACAUAUGCACAUAAUGAAAAUCUGAGUCCAACAGAACCAGAAGGUGGCUCUGAUUUUGGCGGAUACCCUUCUCUGGAAGAAAGGGAUGCUUCUUUUGAUAUAAAAGAUACCAUGAAAGUGCAUUGUGGAUUUGUCAAAGGAAGCAGACCUGGUCGCCAGACUGGAUUUGAUUUUGAUGAGGAAGAUCUGUUAGAGUUGGAUCAGUACCAUGAUAUCAUUGUUGCAUCUGCCAUAUUCGGAAACUAUGAUGUAAUACAGCAGCCCAGGAACAUCAGUUCAGAAGCAAAGAAAAACAUUCCUUUCUAUAUGUUCAUUGAUGAAGAAACAGAAUCAUAUAUGAGAAAUGUCAGUAUUUUGGAUAGCAGCAGGAGAGUUGGAUUGUGGAGAAUCAUUGUUGUCCGGAAUAUUCCAUAUGCUGAUUCUAGGCGUAAUGGAAAGAUUCCAAAACUUCUUUUGCACAGAAUCUUUCCCAAUAUCCGAUAUUCAAUUUGGAUUGAUGGGAAGCUUGAGCUUGUUGUUGACCCAUAUCAAAUUCUUGAAAGGUUCUUGUGGCGUCCAAAUGCUACUUUUGCCAUUUCGAGACACUAUAGACGCUUCGAUGUCUUUGUUGAGGCUGAGGCUAAUAAAGUAGCUGGAAAAUAUGAAAACGCUUCCAUCGAUCAUCAAGUUCAAUUUUAUCAAGACCACGAUGGUUUAACUCAUUAUUCCAGGGCCAAGCUUCCUAUAACUAGUGAUGUUCCUGAAGGUUGUGUUAUCAUUAGAGAACACAUUCCAAUCACGAAUCUGUUUACUUGUUUAUGGUUCAAUGAAGUUGAUCGCUUUACUUCCAGAGAUCAGUUAAGCUUUUCCACAGUAAGAGACAAAAUAAUGGCAAAAGUUAAUUGGAGUGUCAAUAUGUUUCUCGACUGUGAAAGGCGUAACUUUGUGAUACAGGCUUACCAUAGAGAUAUAUUGGAGAACAUGCCUCCUCCAGUUUCUGUAAUCAGUCGUCCAAGUCCACCUGUUCCCUUUACUACCACCAAGCCUUCGGUGAAGAAGAAUCCUAGGCGCGGGAGAGGAGAUAGGAAAUCAGGUUCUAAGCGGCAUCGUAAAGUAGUAGACAAUGUUGUUUUGAACCAAAAUUUAUUAUUUUAGUCUUAAUCUUUUUUCCUUGAGGUUUUUGUUUCCUUUUAACUCGGGGUUCUAAAUUGUAAAUGCAUUCUUUGUUGCAAAUUAUUAUACAUCAAAAGAGCUCUGAACAACUGAUACCAUUUCCAAAUUGUUGCCUCCUUUUUUAUGUUUUCAUUGUAAAUAUCUGUCUUUGACAAGAUCCUUGCUUACCAUUUUCAAAAGGGAAAGUAAAAAAGGAGAAAGAAAUGGAUUCUCAGUUGUGUUUUUUUACACUAAAUACUUUGUAUGCACAAGUUAUUUGUUAAAUUUUUCAAGUCUCAUAUAUA